AUGGUCAAGGUCAAGAGCCAAUGUGGCGACGAGCUUGACUCAAACGCCCUCGACAAGAGCCUAGCCGCCAUCCGGCUCGCCGCCUGCGACUUGACCUCGGCGCUGCAGCCUCUGCCACUCGAGUGCUCGGGCAUCCUCGAUGCAGAGGCGAAUGCAUCGCAAGUCGGUGAGCAGAGCCUGUCGAGCUGCGUUCAGGCCCUUUCGCGCAGCCCGCAGGCGUGGUCCUCGUACUCGGGCUAUCUCCGCGACGUCCCGCAGAUCUGCUUUGCGCUUCGACGCUGGCACGAGAUCGACACCGCGAGAGACCUCUACAGGGCUGCCGCUCAAGACGGAGCCUCGCUUCGGGAGGUGGUCCGUCGCCACCACGACAGGCAGGAAGAGGCGCUCGAGAGCUUCCAGGCGUCGCUCCGCAGCUUCGACGAGGUGCAGCGCAGGGAGAAUGAAGCCCUGAUUUCCUUGGUGGCCAGCCUAGACACGGCAGCGGGUGAAGCUCUUCGUCGCAUCGCAGGUGAAGCCGGUCGCUUGCGGGCAGACGCCUCUGUGACCCUUGAGCAGGCCCUUGCACGUCUGUCCAGACAUGGCGAGAACAUCGCGACGGGCGUCUUCGAAACAGCUUCGGCCGACAUCACUCGGCUGAUGCAGGCCGCCCAGAGCGAGGUCGCGACAGGGCUCGACACCGUGCUCAAGAGGCAUGCCCAAUCUCUCGAAGAUGCCCUGUCAGGCGCAUCACGACUCGCCGCACAACGACUCGAGCACGAGCUGGUGCCCGCCCUGGACCUGGUCAACUCUAUCAAAGACGCGAGCAGCUCGGCAUCAGCCUACCUGGACAGGACGCGGGACGGGCUUGCCCUCCUAGCCAGCGACCAGCAGGGGGCGAUGCAGGCGGCGACGAUGGCCUUUGCAGCGCACACACAUCGGCUGAUCAACGAGAGCGAUCGCUGGGACUUGCUGCGUAGCGAGAGGGAGAGGGUGGAAGCGGAGUGGGGUCGUGUCACGAUGUCGACCGCGGACCGGUGGACGAGGCCCGCCCAGAGCUACUCGGGCAUGGCGCUCGUCCUGUUCGGUCGCCUGGUGGGCGUGGAUCUGUACGAGGUGCCGACGACGGCUCAGGGGCGAGAUGCGCUCUUCGACCCCGCUUCCUCUGCCGCACGCAACGCCAGGGCGCCAACGUGGUAUCCUCUCGACCUCGUGUCGGGCUGGUUGUCGACCAAGCUGGGCCUGUCUGGCGCAGCUCGGGCGACCGGCACGACGGUCCGCAUCAUCUGGCUGGUCGUGUGCGUCCUGACGAGCCUGGCGCGGCACUGA